CUGGAACCGAGCCUCAUGUUUAGCUAAGCAAGUUACAGCUUUAGUAAACCAGUUACAGAGUUUGUCAGUAUACAGUACAUGAGGCUGGUGGAGGCACUUAUGUUUGCUGCCUUCAUGGCUUUCUUUUCCGUUUUGACCCCGGCUGAUACUCGAUCCUUUUGAUAAUAUUAUCCCACCCCCUUUUUGGGCGUACUUCAAGUAUGUUUAUUGAGACAAGAAAGAAUUACAUCUCAAAGGGAUAGAGUAGCUUAGGCUAUUUCUACCCCCCUCCCCCCCCUGGACGUUCUUUGGCUUCCCACACUUGUGUAUUUACAUAUACUAUGUAAUAUACUAUAUACUGCUCUCUUGUUACACUUUAACUAAUUAAUUUUUAAGUUUUAUAUGUUUCAGGUGACAAAUGCAUAGAUGGCAAUGGGUUCAACACGCACUAUAAUCACAACUGCAGUAAUUACUGCUGGAAUUGCUUUACUUGCUUUAUUAUAUCAAACUGUUUUUAAACGGCAUCCUCAGAUCAGCAUGAGGCCCCGCAAAAACAGGAAUGAAGUGAAAGAUAUGAAAUGGGAGUGUGCUGGCAGAGUAGUGAAGAUUAUGAUAUACCCAGUGAAGUCGUGUAGUGGAAUAGUUGUCGGCUCAGCUAAGACAAAAUUGGUUGGCUUAGUGGAUGGAGAAACUACUGACAGAUCUUUCAUAAUUUGUAACAACAAAGGAACGAUGAUCACUGCACGCAUGAUUCCAUCUAUAGUGCUGAUACGUCCAGUUGUUGAAGACAACACUUUGACUCUUAAGUUCCCAGGCAUUGAAGACUUGAAAGUUAACAUCUCUGAAGUAAAAGAGAACAAUAAGAUAAUGGCAGUGAAAGUUUGGAGCGAGGAAACCUCAGGCUUAGACUGUGGUGACGGUCCAUCCAACUGGCUUCAGAUGAUAUUAGGACGUAAAUGUCAUCUCUUGUACCAUGCAGAUCUGCCGUCACCAAGGAUGAGAGAUGUUAAUGAUAUAAAAACUUUUCCUCUCCUUAGGACUGAUGAUCAUUCCUUGUAUGCUGAUGAAGCUGGGUUCUUGCUCAUGACCGAGGAGAGUGUUGCUGAUCUUCAAGGGAGGGUGCAGUGUCAAAUUGCUGCCGAGAAUUUUCGACCUAAUAUAUUGGUUAAUAAAAUCAGGGAACCUUAUGACGAAGAUGGGUGGGAGUAUGUAAAAAUUGGAGAGGCUGUUUUCAGACAUGUCAGCCCAUGUAUGAGGUGCAUCUUUACCACAAUCAACCAUGAAACAGGCAAGAAGGAUCCCAACCAGGAGCCACUAAAAACACUUAAAACAUAUCGUUGCAUUGGAGGAAGUAAAGAUCCACAUUUUGGCAUAUAUCUUGGAUUGGACCUACCUGGAGUUAUCAGUGAAGGAGAUGAGGUUUUUGUGACAAGAGCUGUGAAAACCACAUGUUCCUAAGCAUUUAAAUUUAAUUACACCAGCUGUGCAAGGUAAUUUUGUAAUUUUUAAGAAUGAUGGAAUGAGGCACUUAAGUUGUCAUGAAUCACUCUUAUUAGUCAAUCGUUAAACUAGUUUAUCUUCUAGAAUCUUGAUUAUUCCUUUUCUCCUAAAACCUUUCUGUAAAAUAAAUUUUUGCAAUUUAACACAUCAUGUUCACACAUAUCGUAGCUUUAACAUGGAUUAUCAAUAUUUAUGGAAUUGUAUAAAGAAAUAGGAAGAAUAAGAGUACCUGUAUUAUUUUUAAUUUGUACAAAAUUUUUAUUUAUCUUAAGUUUUACACAAAAACGAACAUAAAAGUUGGUGAAGAGUUCAGAAAAAGCGUUGCUGGUGCCUACACCUCAGUCUAAGUAAAUCACAUCAAAUUUUAGCCAACAAAAAAUAUAAAAAAGAAAGAUGGUCUAGUUAAUAAUAAUAUAAAAUUACAUUGAUUAUCUGUUUUUUUUAAUUUACUACAAAAAUCUUUCAAGUUUAUGAAAAGAAGCUGAGGAGCUGGCCUUGGUCAUGAGGAAGCAUUUUGUAGAACGCAGCGACAUAAGUUACUGCUACAUUUCCUCACACCUCAUUUUUUUUUUCUUAAUACUGAACUCAUUGUUCAGAGUCUGCUUUAUGUAUACUUGAGAAAUUAAAUAAAUAUUGUAGUACA